AGUGAGAGUGUGGUUACGGUUACGGUUGGUUGUGACGUGAUGAGUAAAUGAGGAGUCGAGAGGCGAGGAUUGAAAAUUGGACUGUCAAACUCAAUUUGCAGUACUAGAAACUGUGGUACUAGUACUCUGGUGGGGACAGAAAAAAAGAUACCAAAAGUGGACUGACUCUGGAAAGCGAAUCAGUGAAAGGGUACUGAGUGUAGUGUAGGGUCGGGAAGGGAUCAAAUGGAAAUAGACUGUCCAAAUAGAGAAGACAGCAGAGACAGAAAACCAUGGUGUUUAUUUUCCAGUGUGACCAUAAAAUAUAAAUAAUAAGCUUUGUUAUUACAAAAAAAUGCAAUAUUUGUUUAAUUUGCUUUGUAAAGUUUGCUGAAUAAUCUAAAUCAAAAAUGUCUUCCAAUAAGUUAGUACCCAGCGAACUCAAAAAAUUAUCAGAGGAAAGCUUGACCAGGCAGCCGGAAGAAGUAUUCGAUAUAAUAUGUAAACUUGGGGAAGGCUCCUAUGGCAGUGUUUAUAAGGCAUUGCAUAAAGAAUCAGGACAAGUAUUGGCCAUUAAACAAGUGCCUGUUGACACUGAUUUGCAAGAAAUCAUUAAAGAAAUAUCUAUAAUGCAACAGUGUGAUAGUUCUUUUGUUGUCAAAUAUUAUGGAAGUUAUUUUAAAAAUACUGAUCUAUGGAUUGUGAUGGAAUAUUGUGGAGCAGGUUCUGUGUCAGACAUAAUGCGAUUACGAAAAAAAACUUUAAGCGAAGAUGAAAUAGCCACUGUGUUAUGCGAUACUCUGAAAGGGCUAGAAUAUUUACAUUUAAGAAGAAAAAUUCAUAGAGACAUAAAGGCUGGUAAUAUAUUAUUAAAUUCUGAGGGACAUGCUAAAUUAGCCGAUUUUGGAGUUGCUGGACAAUUAACAGAUACUAUGGCCAAAAGGAACACUGUGAUUGGUACACCAUUUUGGAUGGCGCCAGAAGUUAUUCAAGAAAUUGGUUAUGACUGUGUGGCUGAUAUUUGGAGCUUGGGAAUCACUGCUUUGGAAAUGGCUGAGGGCAAACCUCCUUAUGGUGAUAUUCAUCCAAUGAGAGCGAUAUUUAUGAUCCCCACAAAACCACCGCCAUCAUUUAGGGAACCAGACAAAUGGAGUGCUGAAUUUAUAGAUUUUGUUACUAUAUGUUUGGUUAAAAAUCCUGAGGAACGUGCCACAGCUACUGAUUUACUCAGUCAUGUAUUUAUAGGAAACGCCAAAGCCCCUAGUAUCUUGAGCACAAUGAUUCAAGAAGCUCAUGAAAUAAGAGAGAAUCAGACUUAUCGCAAUAUUUCUGUUUCUACUAAUAUUCCCAGUAGCAUUAAACAAAAUAUUGUAACAGAAUCUGACGAUGUUUUGGACGAUUCUGCAAAUCAGACAAUAGUGUCUUGUGUAGACGAUGGAACAUUAGUGCCAGACAAGGGAGGAACUCUGGUUCCUUCAAGCCCUUCUGGUACUUUGGUAGAGUUAGAAUUGGGAACCAUGGUUAUUAAUAAUGAUAGUGAUGACGAUCAAACUAUGAAAAGACACGGAACAGAUUCUGCACAAAGUAAGAAUAAAUACAGACCAAUGUUCCUGGAUCACUUUGAUAAUAGAGAUAUGGAAGAGAAUCGAAAAGGAAAUGGCCUAUUGAAUGCGCCUAUGACUCAGGAUAUUAUUCCUAAUGCCGAAGAGCCAAAAAAUGACGACUCGCCCGAUAAAAUAAAAACGGAACAAGUAUUGGAAGAACAAAAACAAGUUCAUAUCAUUUUAUCAGAAGAUUUAGAAUUUUUAAAAUUUCUAUCAUAUGAGGAACUUCAGCAAAAAAUGAAUAGCUUAGAUGAGGAUAUGGAAAGGGAAAUAGAAGAACUAAGAAAAAGGUAUCAAGCUAAAAGGCAGCCAAUUCUAGAUGCUAUGGAUACUAAAAGGAAGAGAACCCAGAACUUUUAAAUUUUAAACAAAGCAUUUCUCCUUCUUAUGAAAUUAACAUAUUUACUUUCUCUCUAAACUUCUAGUCAGAAAAGACAAUUUGAAUUCGAAUUUUGAAACGAUUUUAGUUUAGUUAUCAUACAUGUAAAGAAAAAUUAUACAAGCACUUGUUAUCAAGAUGAUUCUAUGCUAGACUGUCGUCUAUAAAAAGUUGGUAUUCACAUUUUCAAGUUUAAUUUUUUAUAAAUCACUGACUAUUGCCUUCCAAAGAACAAAGAAAAAAGAAGUCCCUCUGUCUAAUGUCUAACAAAAUUCAUGUAGCUGGGUCAAACAGAAAAAACUGCCGGCAGGACUCAGACAAGACAAACCAUUUAAUCAUAUACCUAUUCAUAGUGAAAUUUAUUGACACAUUAUAUUUAUAUGUUUUAAUUCAAACUAAGAAGAACAUUAAGUGUUGCAUCUAAGUUUUGAGUCUAGCCAGUGUUUGUAUAACAACUUCCUUAUUUUCUGGAAAAUUGGAAAAAAUAUGAAUUAGUCAGAGAAGUUCAAGGGCGUUUAUUGAUGGAGAGUUAAAUUUUGCAAUAAAAACUGCGUCCAUUAAGGUAGUAGUGAUGACUUGGCGGAAUGAAAUUUGACAAAUAAGGAAUAAGGUCAAAAAUAAUUUUCACCAAAUUGUAAUUAUUGCAAAAGUAUAUAAUGCAUUAAACUCCUUUUUUUAUGCCCUUUUCAUCCAGGAGCAUACCAUUCCAUCCCCACAAGUUGGGGUUGGGUUAGGUUUCCAACCCUCUACUUAAGGCUAAUGUUUGUAGAAAUAUGUCAUCAAUGCGCUAAACAAAAAAUUGAGAUUUACUUGUGCUUUUUACAUCUUAAAAAAGUAGUUUUUCCUCUGCAGAAUUUAUUCCACAGUCUUCACUGCUAUUUCAAUGGACAUAUAAAUAUCUGAUUUUUUACAGGUUACAUAAAUAGAUCUGAUUAAGGAUAAGGACGUUGUUCCUAAUGUACUUAAAUAGGUUUCUGUUCCAUUACUCCUGUGUUCAUAUACAUAGGUAUAUAAAAACAAUAUAUUUAGUAAUAAUUUCUGAAAAGUGAUAGUCUUUAGUACUGUAAUGGAAAAUUGUUAACAAUAAUUAAUAUUUAGUUCAUUCUUUUUAAAUUUGGGAUUAACAAUGUUAUUUUGUACAGAUAUUUUCAGUAAUUUUACAAUAAGAAUGUAACCUCUGUACUGUAAAGUACGCUUGCUGUGCCUUUGUAGAAUAAGUAGAUUUAUCUAGAAUUUAACUCCUAUUGUAUUCAUAUUUUUGAUGAUACAAAAUAAACAUAAAACCUAUUUGUGAA